CACCUAAUCCGUACCUCCAUUACCAAAACUCCUCUCAUUUCCAUACCUGGGGUUUAUAGUAUCGUCAAUGGAGUUGUAGACAAAUCCUAAUUACUAGGGUUUUUAUCUAGGAAAGCUUUUCAAAUUCAUACCAAAAUCGUUGCUCAAGGACACUGCAAAUGUCGUUUUUGACAUUGAAAACUCCAUUUAUAUCUUCACAUUCUUCUUCAUCAUCUUCUGUUCUCGCAUCAUGUCAAAGUAAUCAGCUCCUGCGAUUGUGUUCUUCUUCGUCACUUUACGUUGCUAGAAAGCGGACGUUUAGUCGAGGGAAGUUAAGAUGGAGAGCCGAAUCUCAACAACAGGAUUCUUCGCAAAACAGCAACAGUAGUGAUUCAAAACAACCCAACGGUUCCGUGACAAGCAGGAGGGAUAUUCUAUUGGAGUAUGUGAAAAAUGUUCAGCCCGAAUUUAUGGAGUUGUUUGUUAAAAGAGCUCCACAGCAGGUUGUAGAUGCCAUGCGCCAAACUGUAACAAACAUGAUCGGGACACUGCCCCCUCAGUUUUUUGCUGUAACUGUUACAACUGUUGCUGAGAAUCUAGCACAGCUCAUGUACAGUGUAUUGAUGACUGGAUAUAUGUUCAGAAAUGCACAAUAUCGCCUUGAAUUACAACAAAGUUUGGAGCAAGUUGCACUCCCUGAUACAUCAUCACAAGAGAGAAAGGAUGCAGCAGAUUUUGCACCAGGGACACAGAAGAAGGUUAGUGGGGAAGUUAUCAGGUGGAAUAAUGUUUCAGGUCCUGAGAAAAUAGAUGCAAUCAAAUACAUUGAGUUACUUGAAGCUGAAGUUGAGGAACUCAAUCGUCAAGUAGAAAGAAUAUCUGCAAAUGGAUCCAAUGAAUUGUUGGAUUAUCUCAAGUCUCUUGAGCCCCAAAAUCUUAAGGAUUUGACAAGUAGUGCUGGGGAGGAUGUUGUGGUUGCCAUGAACACAUUUAUAAAACGUCUGUUGGCUGUUUCUGAUCCUACUCAAAUGAAGACUAGCGUGACAGAAACGAGUGCUCCGGAACUUGCGAAGCUGCUUUAUUGGUUAAUGGUGGUGGGAUACAGCAUACGUAACAUUGAAGUUCGUUUUGAUAUGGAACGAGUUCUUGGAAGUCCACCUAAGCGUCAAGAACUACCUCCGGCUGAAAACAUCUAAUAAUAAUAAUAAUAAUAACUCCUUUUUUACUUAUUCAACCCACCCAAGAUUUUUCGCAUUUUAUAAAAAAACCGAAAAUGGUCGGUGGGUAACGAAGGAACUGACUUAAGUUUUGUUGUUGGAGUAUUGUAACUUUUUAGGGUAUUUAUUAUUAUUGUUAUAUUAGGAGAUAACAUUUCAUUCUUAAGGUUGCAUGAUUGUAUCCCGUAGCUAUAUAUGCCUAUGCCGAUUCAAAGCUCCUUUAUA